UCUCUCUCUCUCUCUCCUCCGUUCUGCAACUGCCAGCGCGUGUGAUGAUGCACGAGCGUCCAGCCUAUUGUCAAGUACCCGUUCACUAAAAACAUAAAUAACAUGCAUUUGCGCGCGUGUUACGCAUCGAGAAGCGUUAAUAUCAGUCGUUCGGAAUAUUAAUUCUCCGUCAAUGUUUCGCAUACAGCCCUUUUAUCGGUUGCUCUUAAACGAAGUGAUUGACAUGUGGAUGAACACCACGGUGGAUCUGGAUGCAUUCAUACGGAUGACCGGUGUGGUGAUGUCGCAGCAUCAUCCUUAACCAACUCGCAGGGAUCUUGUUUCGUAAGUGAAGAUGGCGACGGGAACGGGAUGGCAGCAACCGUACAGCGCAGCUCCAGGCAACACCGCUCCUGCCUCCGGAUCAGGGACCAGUCCAUCCUUAACAUCCAGCAAUCUGCUGUACGAGUCUGCUCUCAGCAUGGAGUACACUCAAGAUCUGCACCUGAAGAUGAGUAAAAAAAUAGCACAACUCACUAAGGUCAUUUAUGCCCUCAACACAAAAAACGACGAGCAUGAAGAUGCUAUCCAGUCUCUAAAGGAGGCUCAUGAUGAGGAGGUGCAGCACAUCCUGACGGAGACACGGGAGAAGAUCUUCCACUACAAGAGCAAGAUCGGAGACGAGGCCGACUUGAAACGUCGCCUGCAGUCCCUGGAGGAAUCCGUGGAGCUGCACGAACACAUGAAACGUCAAGCCCUGGCCGAGUUCGAGAUGUAUCGCCAGCGCAUGGAGGACACGCAGUUGUGCACGGAGGCCCAGCACACGCAACGCGUGGUCUCCAUGUCCCGUGAGGUGGAGGACAUGCGCCACGAGUUCGAGGAGAAACUGCGCUCCUUCAGCCAGGUGCAGGCUCAGUUCGAGCAGGAGAAACGACGUGCGAUGGACGAGCUGAAGUCGUCCCACCGGCUGGAGGUGGAGGAGCUGCUGGAAAGCCAGGAGAACCAGAGCGUGUCUUCCAGCAUGGAGCAGGAGAAGCUGGCCGAGCUACACCGUACCGAGCUGGAGUCGCUGAUGGAGCGCGUGGAGGAGUUGAUGCAAGACAAAGUCCGGCUGGUGGAGGAGUACGAGGCCAAGCUGAGCAAGGCGCAGGCGUUUUACGAACGUGAGCUGGAGGCCAUGAGGCGAACGCAGCAGCUCACGACAGAAAACCUGCUGGCCUGGAAGAGGACGGAGGUGGAACUAAGAAAGGAGUUUCAGGUGCAGGAAGGUGCGCUCCAGAGGACGCUUUGCAAGCUCCGCUCUGAAUUACACAGAGCUCAGGAGGAGGCGCGAGAGAGCAGAGACAAAACCAACAGACUGCAGGCGUCUCUCAACAACGCAGAGGUCACAAUCACGGAGUUACACAAGCAGCUUGAGGAGGCCAUACAGGACGGAGAGAUUUGGGUGAUGCAGCUUAAGGACACAGAAUAUGAGCUGGAUGGAAGCCGAGAUCGAGUUCAGCAGCAGGCCAAUGAAAUUCUUCACAAAGCCAGUCAAAUAGGCUCUCUUCAAGCGACUCAAAUGAGUCAUGAGGCGACUAUCAGGGACCUGGGCUCCGAGCAGAACCGUCUGAAGGAGAAGAUCCUACAGCUGGAGGAAGAGAGAGAGAGACUACAGAAACAGAUUCAAACACUUGAAGAACAACAACACCAGAAGAUUCUCAAUCUAGAGAAGUCGCUCCGUGAGGAAAAGCAGAACUACGAGAUGGAGCUGGCACACGUCAGGGCCAAAUACGAGGAGGAAACGUCUCAUCUGAAGGAAAGCCAUACGGAAGCAUUGGAAGAACUACAGGAGAAGCACAGAGACCAACUAGAGAGUGCACGUAACGCUUCAGAGAGAGAGAAGAGCCAGUUACUCAAUGAGAUGAGACAACAGUUUGAGAUUCGCCGUAUGUCAUUGGAAGAGCAGAGGAACCACCUGCAACAACAAUUAGAGACCAUACGAGAGGAACUCACUACCAAGCUCAAUAUGGCCAACCAAGAGGUGGCUCAUCUAAAGGAUCUUGUGAAAGAAAGUGAAGAAAACCUGGAUAGCGCUGAGAGCCACAUCUCUUGUCUUAAAGACAGCCAGGAAAAGCUUCUCAUCGAGCUAGACGCCACCAGGUCGAGAGUGAGAGAGACGAGCAACCUGCUCACGGAUCUACAAGAAGAGAUAGAGAGCCAAAAGCAGCAACACGAAGCCCGGGUCAUCGGCAUCAAAACGGAGGAGAAACAGAAAAUGGACAAAAUCACGGAGGAGCUGGACCUCAAGUGGACCGACGCUCUGAGGGCCGAGCUGAAGGGUCUGCGAGAGGAGCUGACAGCCGAAUAUCAGGCAGAAAAACAGAUGGCCCUCACACAGCUUUCCCAGCAGAGAGACCUGGAGAUGAUGGCAGCCAGAGAGAGCUGGCAGAGGAAGGUGGAGGACCUUUUGGAACAGAUCUCAUUGCUGAAGCAGAGCCUGGAGCUGCAGAUGUCGCAGUCGAAAAGCGCGUUGCAGCAGUUGCAGGCGCAGUUCAGCCAGGAGCGCGAGCACCUUGCGCAGCAGUUGCAGGAACUGGCGAUGGAGCAUCAGCAUAGGGAGCAUCAUCUGCAGGAGGUGCACUGCUGCACUAUGCAGGAUAUGGAGGAUGCGCAACAGAUGGAGCUUAGGGAGCUGGAGGAUCGUAUGAAGCAGGAACAGAGGGAAGAGUUACAUGCUUUGCGAGAAGCUCACAGACAGACCCUCGAUAUCCUCCGUCAGCAGUCGGACCAGGAGCUGCAGACUCUGCGCUUUGAGCUGGAGGAUGAGGGCAAAGCCAUGCUCGCUUCCCUGCGCUCUGAGCUCAAUCAUCUUCACGCCACUGCCAUUGAACAUAUGAGGCAAGUUCACCUGAAGGAGAACAACGCCGCCAGACGGGAGCUGGACGAUACUAUUGAACGCUGCAAAGAACAUGAAGAAGACCUCCUGGCACGUGUAUCAGACUUAGAGCAGGAGGUGAACUGCAGGAAGAACCGGAUCGCUGAUCUGGACCAUGAAAUCCACUCUCUCAAUGAGACCAUCAGCACUCUGACAAAGGAGCUAGAGAUUAAAGGAAAAGAAGUUCUGAGGAUCCGCAGUGAGGCCAACCUACAGAUCAGGGCUCAUGAACAGGAUCUUUCUAAGCGACUGGAGAGAGAGAUCGAAGAGUUGAAUGCUUCCCACAACAGAGAGACCCAGAUCAUGCUGUCAGAUUUUAACAAAGCUCAAGAGCUGUUAAAAGACAAGAUCUCUGCUCUACAGAUUUUGCUGGAAGGAACGGAGGAGAAGUUCAGGAACAGAGAGAGCAGACCAGAAGAUCUCCAGGUGAUCGCUGACCUCCGAGAAAUGGUGACUGAAAGAGAGUCUCUGGUGAAGAAGCUUGUGGAUGACAAGAAGUUUUAUCAGCUGGAGUUGGUGAAUCGAGAGCCUGGCUUCAACAAAGUGUUCAACACCAAUCCUAAUGUUGGGGUCAUAAACCCCCUCAUAAAGCAUAAGAGUAGAAAACCUGCGAACAGCUCUCCGAACCUAAGUGUUGUCGCGGUGGAAGGGACGGCAGGCAGGUCCGUUCCGCCCUCCUGCCUAGAGUCUUUCCCCAUCUCCCCCAUUCACCACCCUGAGCUCAGGUCUAGCAAAGCUCAACCCCCUCCGACCCCUCCGCCUCAGGCCGACUCCGCUCGGAGCCCUCUUGAGUCUGAGGACGCAACCGUAGCACCGACUGAAGAGGACCCACAAGAGCUAUUUUCACAAUACUUCUCCUUUUAAAUUUUUCAAGAAACAACCUAAAGAGCAUGUACUGUAAAACAGCAGUUUUCAAUAGUUCAUUCGUCUGUCCUCGAUAUUUCACUGUGAUUUUUCUUAUUUUACUCUUUUGAUAUAGGCAUUUAUUCGAUAUAAAAUGAGAUGCACAUUCAUUUCAUAUACUGUAAUAUUAAUAGAUAUGUCCUUUCUGGAUGGACUGAAACUGUUGGAACACCAAUGUCUUGCCAGUUUUGAAAAUAAAUUGCACAAACACGUG